ACAUUUAACUUCAAUGCCUCUUCCUCAUCUAAGCCGGGUUCAACUCGCAUUCAAAAGAAAGUCAUUUGGCAACAGAAGCAAACGCUAAUUUACUGUUCUAUACUUUACUGAAAAUGGGAGAUCCUGUGGCUGGUUACACGUCCCGAAUUCAACAGCAGGAGCUGGAGAUCCAUUCCCUGACUGCAGAGCUCGAGAGCCUGAAGAACCCACAGGGCCUGGGUUUGUCCUCGCACCUGGAUGGGCUGAGAGAGGAGAAUGCCAAGCUCAAAUACCGCCUCAAUGUCCUCAAAAGGAGUCUGCAGGAGGAGAGGAGCCAGUGUAGUAAAACCAUGAUGAACAUCAACCAGCGCCUGCAGGAGAUCUUUGGGGAGGCCAUCCGGGAGGCCUGUCCCGACCUGGAGAACCCUCCCCUGGCCGUCACCCCCAACCAGCAGGCCAAGUUUGGGGACUACCAGUGUAACAGCGCUAUGGCCAUGGCCCAGAUGAUGAAAUCAAAGGGCCUGAAAGUGAACCCCAGGCAGAUCGCUGAGAAUAUUCAGCAGAACAUUCCUGACAAUGAGCUCAUUGAGAAGACAGAAAUAGCCGGACCAGGGUUCAUCAAUGUUCACCUUAAGAGAUCGUUUGUGUCCAAACUGCUGACCAACCUGCUACUCAACGGUGUCCAACCUCCUCCCUUAGAGAGCAAGAAGAAGGUGGUUGUGGACUUCUCAUCUCCUAACAUCGCCAAGGAGAUGCACGUAGGUCACCUGCGCUCCACAAUCAUUGGGGACAGCAUGUGUCGUCUCUUUGAGUUCCUGGGCUACGACGUCUUGAGGCUGAAUCACGUAGGGGACUGGGGCACCCAGUUUGGGAUGCUCAUCGCUCACCUGCAAGACAAGUUCCCAAACUAUCUGACCGUAUCCCCUCCUAUCGGAGACCUGCAGGCCUUCUACAAAGAGUCUAAGAAGCGUUUUGACGAGGAGGAGGACUUUAAGAAGAGGGCCUACCAGUGUGUGGUCAAGCUGCAGAGCAAAGACCCAGCUUUCAUCAAAGGAUGGAACCUCAUCUGUGACGUUUCCAGGAAUGAAUUCCAGAAGGUCUACAACUGUCUGGACAUCCAGAUCAUCGAGAGAGGAGAGUCCUUCUACCAGGAGAAGAUGACCGCCGUGGUCAAAGAGUUUGAGGCCAAAGGCCUGGUGGAGAUGGAUGAGGGCCGUAAGAUAGUGUUUGCCCCGGGCCAGCAGAUCCCCCUGACGGUGGUGAAGUCUGAUGGUGGCUACACCUACGACACAUCAGACCUGGCCGCACUGCGCCACCGGCUCUUUGACGAGAAGGCAGACAUCAUCAUCUACGUGACGGACAGCGGCCAGGGAACCCACUUCCAGGUAGUGUUUGCAGCGGCUCAGAUGAUUGGCUGGUACGACCCCAAUGUGACACGAGUGGAGCACGCUGGUUUCGGAGUGGUACUGGGAGAGGACAAAAAGAAGUUUAAGACUCGCUCCGGGGACACGGUGAGGCUGAUGGAUCUGCUGGAUGAAGGCCUGAAGAGGUCCAUGGAAAAACUCAAGGAGAAGGACAGGGACAAGGUUCUGAGCACGGAGGAUCUGACCAAGGCCCAGCGCUCGGUGGCGUUCGGCUGCAUCAAGUAUGCCGACCUGUCUCACAACCGCAUCAACGACUACGUGUUCUCCUUCGACAAGAUGCUGGAUGACCGGGGCAACACGGCCGCCUACCUCCUCUAUGCCUUCACCCGCAUCAGGUCCAUAGCCCGGUUGGCUAACAUCGACGAGGCAGCGCUCCGUAAAGCAGCAGAGACCACGGAGGUGCUCUUGGAACACGACAAGGAGUGGAAGUUGGGCAAGUGUCUCCUGCGCUUCCCUGAGAUCCUGCAGAAGAUCCUGGAUGACUUGCUGCUCCACACUCUGUGUGACUACCUGUAUGAGCUGGCCACGACCUUCACAGAGUUCUACGACAGCUGUUACUGUAUCGAGAAGGACCGCCAGACAGGUGAGGUGGUAAAGGUCAACAUGUGGAGGAUGCUCCUGUGUGAUGCCACUGCCGCCAUCAUGGCCAAAGGCUUCGACAUCCUGGGCAUCAACCCUGUCUCCAGGAUGUGACCUCAUCACAGUGACAUCACAAUGCCCUCCUCCCAUCUCCUCGGACGACAGAAAAAAAGAGCCUCUUCAACCCAUUAACGUCACCUGGGAUCUUACUGUAUACCAAAUAAAAUAAAAAUUACUGCUUGUAAAGAAAAAAAAAGGAUCUGGCACCCUGCUCGUCAUUCUCCAUUUAAAUGUCAGAAUACCUACCAAGAGAUUGAGGAAUGUCUGGAGAGGCUGCCAAAACAGCAAUACUGACUUAGGCUACAGCUCAAUUAUUGCACAGGGGAUUCGAGAUGUAUGUGUUAGACAUUGACCUUUGUUUAUUGCAGUAAAUCUGGGCCGAUCCUGACCCGGCCAAAUAAUACAGUAUUUUAGAUGAAAGACAUCGGUCGGUCGUGAAGGAAGGAAGCAUAAGUAGCUUAACAUGUAUCCUUUCUUGCAGUGUGGACGGUUAAAUAGAGCAUAUUAUUUUGGCUAACAGUGGGAAGGUUUUCUGUCAUCUUAGUCCAGCUACCCCAUCUGUCAUUUGACUUGAAACCCAUAUACAUAUUUGUAACCCAUGCACAUGUGAUAUUGGUCACUUUGAAGACAGUCAAGUGCAGUAGACCUUCCUGUCCUGAAAAAGAUUGAAUAAGUUUUAACCAUAUUGUAGACUUUUCAAUCUAUUUUCAUAUUAAUAGGCAAUUAUUGCUCCCAUUUUAUAUAUAUAUUUUUGAAAAUGUAAUGAAAUUGCAAUGAUUUUCAAAUUCAUUUUAAUUGUAUUGAUGCAAUUACAUUUAAUCUGCGGUUUUAUUAAAGCCUCCAUAAUUUCACAGUA